AUGUCUCAAGAGCAACGCCUCCAUGAUAAUUCAAAUGAUGAUGAUGAAAUGAAUAAUCAACAUCAAAUGGAGUAUACAAUUGCAUCUGAUAAUUUAGAAUUUGUUCCAACGAUACUUAAAAUAAAACAAAUGAUUCUUCUUCGACACAGUGAUUUUAUUAAUUUACUCAAUGAAUUUAACAAUACAUUAGAAACGUUUACAGGAGAUCAACCAUACUAUUUACGAUUUACUGUUGUACCACAUUCUGAUUCGAAUAUUUUUUGGAAAGCACUUAUUCGUAUAACAUGUUCAAAAAUUUCAAGAGUAGAUCAAACUAAAUUGAAUGAAACUGUUUUAAACUUACAACAAUUCUUAUCUGUACAUCAAUCAUUAUGUCAACAAAUAGCGAUAUUACAAAAAUGUUCAUCAUCAACAUUAUAUAAUUCAUCAUCAACAGAUCAAAAUAAUUCAUCAUUUUCAACAGCAAAAUUAUCUUUUAAUGCACCUAACGAUAAUGAAUGUUGUAUUUGUAUGGAUCGUAAACCAAAUUUAGUUUUGCCUUGUACACAUAGAUUUUGUGAUGAAUGUUUUCAUCAAUGGUCUUCACAAACAUCGCCUACAUCAUCUCAAACAUGUCCAUUAUGUCGUGUUGAUGUUAAUAGUGAUAGUGGUUUUGUACUUGCUGAAACACCAAGAUAUGAUAAUGUUAAAAAGAUGCUUACAGAAUCAAUACUAUCAUUACCAGGUGAUUUAAAAAAUCGUGCUAAUGAUAAAACAUCAAUGACCAGAAGCUAUCGCGAAUGA